CGUUGACAGGAGCUAAAUUGCCAGUCAGACGUCGAAUGUUGGUCGCCUGAGUGACUUGACAAUUGUUUAUCAAUCGAUACGCAAUAACUUCCAAACAAAGUGAAAUUAUACAGUAUUUGUUUAGUAUUUUGUGGGGAGAGAACCAACCUGGACUGCAGGAGAUAAAACGAAAACUUUAAAAAUGACAAACACCCUUGUGUUUUGUCUAAUUGCACUCUUUUGUUGUACAGAUUUGUCGUUUGCGCGACAAGUACCAAAGGAGUGUGCCAAAGGCCCGUCAGUAUGGUGUCAGAGCCUCAAACGCGGCGCUGAGUGCGGGGCCGUGGGUCACUGUACAUCCACCGUGUGGGAGAAACAGUCAGAGACCGUAGCACACAAUGACGUGUCCAACAAGUUCGUCAGACUCUUCAGACAGCUGAAGGAUGUCAGGGAACUGAUUAAUGAGGACUACUUGGCCUCCCGCGUGGCAUCAGAAUGCAAAGACUUGCCGUACCCGGCCGUCUCCAAGAUCUGCAAGGACAAUACGGCAUACUUGCAACAGUACAUUAACCAUGUGCUGCAGUCGGAAACCUCGCCGGAGACCAUGUGCAAGCUCAUUGGCAUGUGCAACAACAAGAAGGUCGAGAACAUACUCAGCAUGGACAAAAAGAAGCCAGCUGCGCCUAAAGUGAUCAAACAUAAGGAAAACCUUUUGGGCAGCUCCCAGUGCACAUGGGGACCGUCUUAUUGGUGCAGCAACUUCAGCACCGGUCGGGAAUGCAAGGCGACCCACCAUUGUGUGUCCAAAGUAUGGCCGAACACGAACUUCGCCGAGGACACAGACAGCAUCUGCAAGAUCUGUACCGACAUGGUGCAGCAGGCUAGAGACCAGCUGCAGAGUAAUGAGACACAGGAAGAACUAAAGGAAGUUUUCGAAGGAUCAUGCAAACUAAUCCCAAUCAAAGUGGUGGCCAGCGAGUGCAUGAGGUUGGCUGACGACUUCGUUCCCGAACUGGUGGAGACCCUGGCUUCUCAGAUGAACCCUCAACAAGUCUGCUCGGUCGCUGGACUCUGCAACAGCGCUAGGAUCGAUGAAAUGCUUGAAGAAUUUAACACUCAGUUGAGCCUGCGUGUGGAAUGCAACAACUGCCAACGUACAGUCGGUGUGCUGAGGAAGAAGUUCGAUGCCACCAGCUAUGAAGAUUUCCUUGUUGGAUUACUGCAGAUAUGUCGCAAGAUGGACUCUCUCUCGGACUCAUGUUCGAUGCUAGUCUUCAAGUACUACGAGAACAUUCUGGAAGCUUUGAAGAAGGACCUGACAGGCCAGAGCGUGUGCCACGUGAGUGGACAAUGCUCAUACAAGUUCCAUCAACACGACGAGUUCACUUUCCCUGCCGAGUUCACUGACUUCAAACCUACUGAUGACGUGCCAUGUGAGCUGUGUGAGCAGUUGGUGAAGCACUUGCGUGACGUCAUGGUCGCCAACACUACCGAAAUUGAGUUCUACAGAGUACUGAAAGGUCUCUGCAAACAGACUGGUAACUUCAAGGACGAAUGCCUUCACCUAGCUGAGCAGUACUAUCCUAUCAUCUACAAAUACUUGGUCGAGGAACUUAAGGCCAAUGAACUCUGUGCCAUGAUUGGUGUCUGUGGAAACCAAACGCAAGACGUACCCAUCGCUCCUCUGGUGCCUGGAGAAAUUGCUGUUAAAGCCAAACUUAUUGGUGGAUAUGAUAUGGAUAAGAAACAAAAAACUGAGCAGCUGGCCCGCGUCCCAAUAAGCAAGCAGACCAACGUCCGCGUACUGGCCAGUACGAGCGCGGGCCCGCUGCCCAUCGAGCGCAUGUUUGUAUCAGUCCCGCAGCCGCAGGGCAAGGCGGCGUGCUCGUUCUGUCAGUACUUCCUGCACUAUCUGCAGGUCGAGAUCAGCGACACUAGGACUGAGGACGAGAUCUUCCAAGCAGUGGACAAGGCAUGCGACAAGUUGCCUCACUCAGUGAACGACGAGUGCAAGCAGUUCGUCACUCAGUACGGACCCGCCGUCGUAGCGCUGCUCGUGCAGAGAAUCGACCCUGCUACCAUUUGCCCAGCUCUAGGAAUCUGCCCACAAGUGGGUGAAGUCCGUCGCGUGGACAUUAACUCCGACAAGUCCAACUGUCCUCUGUGCUUGUUCGCGGUGGAACAACUCGAGACUAUGCUCAAGAAUAACCGCACCGAGCAAAGCAUCCGCACUGCCCUGGACAAUCUAUGCACGCAUCUAUCCACGAAGCUGCGCACGGAAUGCGUUGACUUCGUAGACACGUACGCACCGCAGCUGAUAGAGAUGUUGGUCGCCAACAUGGACGCGCAAGAGAUCUGUGUCUUCCUCAAACUCUGCAAAGAUGAGGUCAAGGAUCCGUUGAAGAUCACCCAGAGUUCCAUUGACAAGUUCCAUGAGAAGCCUCAGCUGAUGGCUGAUAGGAAUAAUUAUAGAGGACGGUCUCUGUUGCCCUCUACCAUGCUCGUCAGUGCACACAAGGAUCAUGAUAUCGAAACGAACGAAAUCUUCGACAACACGGUCAACGGCCGUGAAGUACGUCCCCCAAUGAAACAGAAGACAGUCUGCAUCAUCUGCGAGUUUGUGCUCAAGGAGAUCGAUGACCAGAUCAAGGACAAACAUAAUGAGGACGAAGUAAAACACGUAAUUGAGAACGUAUGCAAGCGUAUGCCAAAGAACAUCCGCAGCGAAUGCGAGCAGUUUGUAGACAAGUACGCCGACAUGGUGAUCAGUCUGCUGGCGCAGGAGCUCGACCCUGAGCAGGUCUGCGAGGAACUCAAACUCUGCGACAGACCCAGCAUUGUUGCUGCUAAAGAGGAGAUCCUGGACUGUGCAGUAUGUGAGGCAGUCGUGAUGGCAGUUCGCAAAGUGCUCAGCAACGAUAAAGUAGACCGUAACAUUGUGCAUAUCGUGGAGAAAUCCUGCGAAUUAUUACCCGCCAAAUACAAUGAAAGGUGCCACUCCAUGAUGGAGAUCUACGGUGACAGUGUGAUCCACCUAAUUGAGGAGUUCGGCACGAAGGGAGUGUGCCAGAAGAUCGGGCUCUGCUCAUCCUCAGACGCUGCAUACGUGCACAUGUACCGGGAGAAGAGAAACUAAACGUAUGCCGCCCUCUACAGCGGUGUUAUGCCGAUAUUCGUAAUCUCCUACAUUUAGUGUUACUUAAGUCAUGAUUCUUUUCUACCAAAUCCGUUUAGUGUUAAGUUUGAUUCAAUAUAAAACAAAAUAUGUUGUGACUAUUUUGUGGUUAGAUAGUUUAGUGUUUUCAAAGUUAAGAGAAUUUAAAAAUAAAUAAAUAAAAAUUGAAUGUAUUUUUGUAUAAAAAGGGACGUGGAGAAGUGUACUUAUUGCUUAGUAAAUAGUCACAAUAGAGUUUUGUUUCGUGUCUAUGUUGCUUCGAUAUCUCGUUUAGAUAGCAUGUAAAGAAAAAUAUUUAUUCAUAAAUGGACUAUAGAACAAUAACAUCAAUCCUAGUGCGAUUCUAAACGAUGUUUUGAGGUAAACAUGAUUUUAAGUGUAUGUUUAGGUUUUUUGUAAGUUUAGUAAUUCUUGAUUUGUAAUCAUCAUGGAUAACCAAUACAAUAACGAUCGCUAUCAUCAUCUAUUAUUUGCAAUGGUAUUGUAACAUUGUAGUUCACACGCUAGCCUGUGAUAGCUCAUUUGUAAACUGUUUCUAUAAAUAAAGUUGGGAAAAGUAAAUGUGUUUUAUAUUAAA